AUGAAUUCUCUUGAACGACUAAAAUAGCAAUUCUAGAAAACAACAAGUUCAUUAUCCAAUUUCCACAAGACAGCUACCAAUCUUGAAAGAUAAGCGUAUUUCUAAGGAUAAUACGAUAUCCUAUUACAAAUCGUACCAUUUCCAUCAAUGGAUGGACUGAUGGAAUGGGUAAGAAAAAAAAGAGAUGAAAUAUUACAAAUAUUAGAGAAGAACAGCGUCCGAUAUUAAAUAUCAAAGCAUCCUUUAUUGACUUCUGAGCCUGCUGCUUUUAAAAUGAAGACUACUUUUUUAGAGGAGCCCUUACCCCAAUACUUUUAAUAACAACCAUAAAUGUAAAUGAACCAAAAUUCAUUUGAGGAAGAGAAUUGCAAUGCUUAUUAUACAUAAAAUAAUAGCCAAUAUGAUUACAGGAAGAAAAGGAAGGAUCAAUAAUAUAGAAACAUUUGA